AUGGAUGUCGCAGGCCUCCGAGACCGUAUCCAAGCGACCCUCAACACCAAUGCGGAUACUCGACAACAGGCAGAGGCAGACCUGAAAUUCGCUGAGGAGCAGCCUGGAUUCGUCAAUGCGCUGUUGGAUAUUUUACAGGCGGAGCAGGACAAUGGAGUUCGACUAUCGACGGUGGUAUAUCUGAAAAAUCGGGUCACUCGAGGAUGGGCUCCUGCCGAAGAACAAUCCAUUCACAAAGCCAUUCCGGAUGAAGACCGAGCUCCAUUCCGAGCUCGUAUUAUCCCUUUACUCGCCUCCUCCCCGCCCGCCGUUCGAUCUCAGUUGGCCCCUAUCCUUUCCAAGGUCCUCCAAUACGAUUUUCCUUCAAGAUGGCCUGACUAUAUGGACGUGACUGUCCAGCUACUCAAUACCAACGACGCAAACUCAGUCUUUGCGGGUUUGCAGUGUCUGCUGGCAAUAUGUCGUGUUUACAGAUUCAAGGCGAGCGACAAGAGGGGGGAUUUUGAGAAAGUGGUGGAAGUCUCGUUUCCGCGAUUACUGGAUAUUGGGUCUCGACUUAUCAAUGAGGAAAGCAUCGAAGCGGGGGAGAUGCUGCGGACAGUUGUCAAAGCGUAUAAGAACGCCACCUAUUUUGAAAUGCCAAAUUUCCUGAUGACCCAUCAAGCAACGGUCGAUUGGUGCACUUUGUUCUUGAGAGUCAUUGGAAAAAUCCCUCCCGCAAGUUCCCUGCUAGAAGAUGUAGAUGAGCGGGACCUUAACCAUUGGUGGAAAGCCAAAAAAUGCUCUUAUGCCAAUUUGAACCGUCUAUUUGUUCGUUACGGCAACCCUAAUCUUAUCGGCAAAUCCAGCUCGAACAGAUACACCCAGUAUGCCAAGAUUUUCAUCUCGACCUUUGCCCCCGAGAUUCUGAAGGGUUACCUGGGGGAAAUCGAUAAAUGGGUCAACGGACAAUGGCUAAGCAAGCCUGCACUUUCUUAUACUUUGGUCUUUCUGCAAGACUGUGUCAAGCCAAAAAUUACAUGGGACCAUCUGAAACCUCAUAUGGAUAAUCUCAUUCAACACCUAAUUUUCCCAGUACUCUGCCAGUCUGAUGAAGAUAUUGAGCUUUUUGAGACAGACCCUUCAGAGUAUUUGCACCGGAAGUUGAAUAUAUAUGAAGAGGUUUCUGCACCAGAUGUCGCAGCUACAAACUUCCUCGUAGCGCUGACACAAAGCCGGAAGAAGCAGACAUUUUCUAUCUUGAGUUUCAUAAACGGGGUUGUGAGCAAGUACGAAUCGUCUCCAGAUGACCAAAAACUUCCUCGCGAAAAGGAGGGCGCCCUUCGCAUGAUUGGCACAUUGGCUUCCGUAAUUUUGGGCAAGAAGAGCCCUAUUGCUGACCAAGUCGAGUACUUUUUCGUCCGCCACGUUUUCCCAGAAUUUAAAAGCCCCCACGGCUAUCUCCGCGCACGGGCUUGCGACACUUUGGAAAAGUUCAAUGAACUAGACUUCAAUGACACCAACAACCUCAUGGUAGUUUAUAGAAAUAUUUUGGAUGCAUUGGCCGACCCUGAACUUCCCGUGAGAGUGGAAGCUGCCCUUGCCCUCCAGCCGCUUAUUCGCCAUGAUGUUAUCCGGACCUCGAUGCAAACUAGUAUCCCACAAAUCAUGCAACAGCUCCUCAAGCUCUCUAAUGAAGUGGAUUUGGAUCCGCUUGCAAGCGUCAUGGAAGACUUCGUUGAAGCGUUCUCGGCAGAACUCACUCCUUUUGCUGUGGCUCUGUGCGAGCAACUGAGAGAUACCUACUUGCGUAUUAUCGGAGAUAUGCUUGAUGAACGAAAAAAUACCUCGAAAGGCGAUGAAGACAUUUACGGCGAUUUCCUAGAUGACAAGAGCAUUACUGCCUUGGGAGUACUCCAAACCAUAGGAACUCUCAUUUUAACUCUGGAAAGCACACCAGAUGUUCUUCUACACCUCGAAACCAUUUUAAUGCCUGUCAUCACAAUUACCCUUGACAAUAAACUCUAUGAUUUGUAUACCGAAGUCUUUGAGAUCAUCGAUUCUUGCACUUUCGCCGCCAAGUCUAUCUCUCCAACGAUGUGGCAAGCAUUUGUCCUCAUGCACAAGACUUUCAAAUCCGGAGCGGAGUUGUAUCUUGAAGAUAUGUUGCCAGCUUUAGAUAAUUUUGUAACCUUUGGCUCCUUUACUUUGACGCAAAACCCCGCCUACCUUCAAGCUCUUGUUGGUAUGGUGGAAGACAUUUUCCAUGACGAGAAAGUUGGAGGCGUUGAUAGAAUCUGUGGGUGCAAACUUGCAGAGGCUCUCAUGCUUAACCUUCGAGGCCAAGUCGAUCAAUAUAUCCCAACAUUCAUCUCAUUAGCGAUGGCGGUAUUGAAUUCGAAUGAAACGCAUGCCAAGUCUUACCGGAUUCACCUCAUGGAGAUGGUUAUCAAUGCCAUUUACUAUAACCCCUUGCUAUCGCUCCAAUUCCUGGAGUCCAAAGAAUGGACCAACAAAUUCUUCAGUACUUGGUUUUCGAAUAUGGACAUGUUUACCAGGGUCCAUGACAAGAAGCUUUGCAUCGUUGCCAUCAGCGCACUAUUGACCUUGCGAGGGAAUGAUGUGCCUGCAAGCGUACAACCAGGCUGGCCCCGCCUCCUACAGGGGAUUAGCAAGCUUUUCCAGACCCUUCCAGCGGCCUUGAAGCACCGCGAAGAAGCUACUUCUAAUGUCGAUUUAAGUUAUUAUGAAGGGGACGAUGAUGACGACUCGAAUAAUGAUUGGAGUGGCGAAGUGGAGUGGACAGCACAAGAUGAAGAUGAGGGUCCUGAUGGAGACCUUGACGACGAGAGUCAAUCUUAUGUUGAGUUCUUAAACCAAGAAGCUAUGAAAUACUCAGCGAUGCCCGGCAAUGAGGACGAUGACCUUGACGAAAAGAGUUUGCUUGAGAGUCCAUUGGAUAAAAUUGAGCCGUAUAGCUUAUUCAAGAACGUUUUGAUGAAUCUACAACAAGAGCAACCGGCCCUUUACGAAAACCUGACCAAAAUCCUUAAUUCCGAAGAGCAACAAAUUAUUCAGACCGUUGUCAACGAAGCCGAUGCGCAGGCAUUAGCUUUUGAGAAUGCAAAUGCUGCGGCGGCAGCGGCAGCAGCAGCACAGGCAAAUGGUGGUUCAUAAUCUUUCUAGCCAGCAACAGCAAAAAGCAAAAAAACAGAGACGAAAAGACAAAAAAUGCAAUAAAAUGAGAAUGACAUAAAAGACGACAAAAGCUUUUUUAGUUUUUAUUCAUAUCAAUCCCCCCUACUUUAUUAGCGUCAUCUACCUACAUACCACACAUAUCCUCCACUCCCCUGGGCACCAACAUGAGCUUUUCAAAGUGGGCAGAUAUAUCCCCCUUUGUUUU